AUGAAGAUUCCCUCAUCUCGACUGCUCACGCUUUCCUUUCUGAUCUUCUUCACGACUUUCCUUGUCGUGACAGAAGGCAGCCACGACCGCUCGUCUUUUGUCAAGAGAAUCAUCAACCCCAACGGAGCUCACGAUCAUCUCCCUACUUCUGGAGAGGUGUUUGGAGCGAAAGAGGUCGAUCCUGCAACAACGACAGAACAAAAAAGGAAGAAAAAGACCACGCCCACGACCGAUCCUCUCUACGACGACGCCAAGGACCUGGCCGUAGGUUGGCUCAGAAACAUGCGAGGGCCGGUCCAACUCGUUCAAAUGACUCCAAAAGGGAAGGACAAGUACUUUCUCAGCAAAUUUAUCGUCGGGCAACAGUAUGAGUUUGAUUAUACCGAGAAUUGUAAGGCUUUCGGCAAUGACCACUUCUUGCCGAAGCACAUUGGCCAUUGGUCCACAAACAAGCCUUCGCCCUCAAAAUUCCUUGUGGGACGUUUCGCCAAGAGGAUGAUGCCACUCUGCUCAAUCAGCACGCUCCCCGAGCUCCUUCCAGAACAAACUGGACUAUUCGUCCUUCGCGCUUCAAUGGUGAUUGUCACCAAGAAAUGGAGCCAUCCACGAAUCAUAAAGCCAAAGGGCGGUGGACCGGCGAGAAAAGUCACUGACUUUAGUCAAAUCACCUGGCUCAACGAGUUCUUCGACCCUGCUAUGGAAAGGUUCCAGAUCGUCGACGGAAGAGAAUUCUACAUGGAGAAGAUCGGCAAGGUGGUCUACAACCGUGCCGAUCUCAUGGCAAUUGCAGAGCCGGUCUUGAACGGUCACAAGCCGGACACGAGCACUUUGUGAAGAAGAAGCGCAGGUCCGAUGAGGCAG